AUGGCGCGAAGGCCCAGCGAUGCCUUCUCCCAGCGCAGCGUCGGCAGCGAGGCGCCGUCGGGCCGCCCGCGCCGCAUGUCGAUGGAGGAGGACAUGUACUACCGGGAGCUCAUGACGUCGCGGCCCGUCAAGCCCCCAAGCUACGAGUCGGCCAUGAAGGCGGCACUCGCCGCCCAGAGGAGAGCGGCGCUGGCCGCAGCCCGGCAGGGGGCGCUCGCGGCCGGCGUGCCCGAUGACGUGCUGCCGCAGUACACGUGCGACAUCCACUUGGAGGGCGUGUUUAUGCGCAAGAUGGAGAUCGAGGAGACGACCAAGCGGGCCGAGUAUCGCGAUUGGAGGAUGGUGUACGUGGAGCUUCGGGGCACUGCGCUCAACAUCUACUCGGUCAAGAAGGAGCGCGGGUGGUGGUCGUCGACAAAACACGACGGGCCCGACAUCUCGCCCGACAAUCCGCCGUGGGUCAAAAAGUCGUCGUUGGAAAGGAGCUACAGCCUGCUCCAUGCGGAUGCGGGGAUUGCCGCUGACUACCGCAAGCGGCGGUACGUUAUCCGCAUGAGGGUAGAGACCGACCAGUUCCUCUUAUCGUGCGUCGAGAUUGGGACGUUUGUCACGUGGCUGGACGGCAUCUUCGCUGCCAUCAACAUCUCGCCACCGAUCGAUGAGCGCGACUUCCCCAGAGACUUCAGCAUACCACGGAUCCAGAGGAUACGAUGGCUACGAGGCCAGCGGCCACGACCCGAAGACAGCGUGGGCUUCCAGCGACUCACCGAGCAGCAGAGGCAGGAAGGGAGCGACGAGGACGAGGACGGAGGCGACGAAGGCGGCGAACCCCCAGAUCCAGGCGGCUACGGAGGAGGGGACGAACAAGGCGGGCCGGGGUACGGCCCGCGGACGGACCAUCCGAUCGUUGGGAGGCUGUCGACGACGUCGUAUCCGAACGAGAGCAUCGACCCCGUGACGGGCAAAUGGAAGCCGCAGCACGGAUGGACGGUGACGCACGACCAGCUGUACGCCCGGCUGUGCUACAGCGUGCUGCUGUUCAAGAGCCCGCGCAAGAGCAACUACGUGAUCGCGCGCGGCAAGCGCUGGUACGUCGACUGGGAAUCGGGCCGCAUGGUGCGCGUGCUGCCGCCGGCAUACGGCGAGGUGGAUGUCAUGGGGCCGUGGCAGGUCAUUCAUGUUGGGAAACAGUCUGGUUCAAGUCCGCCAGAAUCCAACAUGGGGCCGUGGCAGGUCAUUAUGCCGGAGAACAGGCUGUUGUAA